AAUUAAUCCUGAUUGCUCUAUGGGCAGCAGCAGCACAAAAUUAGCACAAAGGUCGGCAAAGGACUCUUAGGGAUUUGUGAGUGGAGUUAAACAGAGAUCAAGCAUACCAACCAAGGGAGGAAGGGUUGUACAUGUGGAAGUUAGCAAACAAAGAACAGGUAGGCUUGCAUUAGCCUGUUUCUAAGUGGGACAUGUCUCAAGUGCUGAAACGGCUUAGCACACUACCCAUCAACAUGGGAUUGACCUUUGAUCUUGGGAACAUCUGAUUGGCCAAGAGAAGCUUUGGUGUCAUCAUGAGUGACAGGCUGGCACACGUUGAAUGAAACAGCUAGUGGUACAAAUACAGGGAGGAGAGAGGUGCAGCCUCAUCAGUUUGGACUACACUUGACAACUUGCUAACGAAGGACCUAGGCAAGAGGCAACUUACAGAGUUUAAGAUUGGGCAGUGAAAUGGCACCUCUUCUGAGCCUUCUCUGUAUCUUGUGCCUGGUCGGGCCAGUUCUCAGCCAGGAUAUGCCUUAUGAGGAAUAUAUGGCACAACUCCAAGCUUGCCCUCAAGAGUGUCGCUGUCCCCCUAACUUCCCUCGUGCUGUCUACUGUGACAAUAAAGGCCUGAAGAGCGUCCCCAAAAUUCCUCCACACACAUGGUAUCUCUACCUGCAGAACAAUCUAAUCGAAGUGCUGUCAGCAGAUGCCUUCCGUAAUGCCACACAGCUGCGCUGGCUGAACCUGAAUCGCAACAAAAUCACUAGUGAGGGAGUGGAAGAAGGUGCACUGAAUGCAGUGUCUCAGCUGGCCCACCUGUACAUGGAUGACAACCUCUUGUCUUCUGUGCCAUCUCCCCUGCCAGCUAGCCUGGAGCAUCUACGUCUCUCUCGCAAUCGCAUCUCCAAGAUCCCUGCUGGCGUCUUCUUAGGUCUGGAUAAGCUAAACCUCUUGGACCUCCAGGGGAACAAGCUGAUGGAUGAUGCUGUGACUGAAGUGAGUCUGAAGGGUCUAAACAACCUGGUACAGAUCAAUCUAGCAAAGAACCAGCUGAGCAGCAUGCCUGUUGGCCUACCACCCACCACCACUCAGCUUUUCCUUGAUGGCAAUAACAUUGAGAAGAUCCCAGCUGGCUAUUUCAAAGAAUUGCCCAAAGUGGCAUUUCUCAGGCUCAACCACAACAAGCUUGAAAGCAGUGGAGUUCCCAACAAUGUUUUUAAUGUCUCCAGUAUGUUGGACUUGCAGCUGUCCCACAAUCAGCUGACCGAGGUGCCCCUCAUUCCCUCAGGCCUUGAGCACCUUCUCCUCGACCACAACAAGAUCAAGAGUGUAAGUGGCUCCAAUGUCUGCCCUGUCGCUGUUGAUGCUGUGGAUGACAGCGUCAAUGAAAGUGUUCCUCGACUGCGCUACCUCCGACUCGAUGGCAAUGACAUUAAGCCACCAAUUCCCAGAGAUGUCAUUCUGUGCUUCCGUCUCCUUAGGUCCAUUGUCAUCUAAAAAAAAAAACACAGACAAAUCAUCAACAUGUUGUAGGCUAAUUCAAAUUUCCCAUAACUGAUGACUUGACAAUGUGGACGCUGGUCUGAUAAAAAGAGACCUGUGAAGCCAUACAUCAAAAGUGGUGACAUGAGUAAUAUUUGCAUGUUUGUUGUGUCUUAGGGAAAAGCUAUUUUUUCCGGUUCCAGAAAAUUCCACUGAAAACUCCAGUUUCAGUGGAAUUUAAUUAAAAUCUCAAAGGAACUGAUGCAUUAGGUUUAAUUGAGGCUGCAAUCUGUUGACCACUAGUUGUGCCUUAUGUUGGUGUAAACAUCUGCAUGUACAAUACUAAACAAAAAUCUGAUUAUAAUUUAGCAUGACAGUGAUAUGUAGUUGUGACAUGGUGAGAGCUUCAAGGACUCAUUAUCUUCUCAUGAGUAUUGGCAGGAGGCAACGCUUAUGAUUGCAAAGGCAAAAUACUUUAGUUUUUUUUCUACUGUUUCAGGAAAAUCUUUGAUUUAUAUUUGUAGACUUGAAGCCAAAUGAAUGGUGUUAUGUUCUAGGUUUGUGGUCUUAUUAACUUUAGACAACUACUCUAUUCUACUCUAAAAAUAUGCAUAUUUACUGUAGGUAAUUUAUUUUUAUUUAAUAUUGGGGGAAAAAUAAGUAGAAACCUGAGAGUCCUGUGAAUAUUCAUGGCCAAUAUUCCUUAAUGUUUUGUAUACCAAAAAAAUGUGACAACUGUUUUUAAGAAAUGCCAACACACUUUUUAAUUCUGGUUAUAUUUUUUCUGAAAAAGCUAGGCAAGAAAUUUCAUUUGUCUUCAAUUUGAAUAAAACUUCUGAAAAUGAA